UCUCCUAAAUCUCCCAUCUCUAACAAACGACGCCAAAACAAAAAAGUUUUUUGUACUUUCGGAAGACAUUUAAGAAUUAAGACAUGUACAACAUGGACAGUAUUGCCAUUAAGGACAUCAAACCGGGUCUAAAGAACAUUAAUGUGAUCUUCAUCGUUCUGGAAGUGGGUGUGGCCACCGUGACGAAGGAAAACCGCGAAGUGCGAAACUUUAAGGUGGGCGAUCCGACGGCCUGCAUAAAUGUAUCGAUUUGGGACGAACCGGGUAAACUGAUAGCCCCCGGCGACAUCAUCAGAUUGACCAAGGGAUACGCCUCCAUAUGGCGGCACUGCUUGACCCUGUAUUCCGGUAAGAACGGUGAGGUCUUCAAGAUCGGUGAAUUCUGUAUGAUCUUCAACGAGAGCCUGAACAUGAGUGAACCCAAGCGGGCGGAGCAACAGACGUCGGCCAAUCCCGGUGGCUUGGUCGCCGCUGCGCCAGCGGGACUGCCUGCUGGUGGCGGUGGUGCCCCAGGACAGUCGCCGAAGGGCGGAUCUGCUGGCAUUCCACAAACUGCUGUGACCGCUGCACAAGGCACUCCUGCUGCUCAGAGUCCGGUGGUCAGUGCUCCUGCACCAGCAACAACAAGCGCUCCACAGACGGGGUCGAAACAGGGCACUCGGGGUGGACGCGGCGGCGGAGGACGAGGUGGCCUCAAGGGGGACAGGCGGUAAAGAGACUGGACACAUGAGCUAGGAUAUGGAACUAAGCGAACAAGAACUGUAACAUUAAUGUAUAGCUUUAUCAAAACUGUUUACACAUCCCCAAUGAUCAACCUUUGUCGGCAUCGGAGUCGGUAUGUUACAUAUAUUAAAUAUUAUCUAAUCAACUUUGGCUCUAAAUAUUUAUAACUUUUUGUGUAGAAACUCCCACAGACUUCGUUUUUAAACAAAUGUAUUUUGAAAGUUAAAUUGAUUUAAUAGAUCUUUGAUCAAAACGGUUGGAAUAAAUGGACAUUUAAAUAUGUUAUUAGUAAAUAUUUCAGAACAAAAACAUUCAAGUUUCGAUAUUCAGUUCUUAAUUUUCAGUUCUCGGUCUCCAGUUUUCGAUCUUCAGUUCCCAUUCUGACAUAAAUAUACUAAAUUUAUUAAAUUUUAUGUCGAAAUUUGUUUUCUAUUUUCACAAUAAUCCACUUUUGUGGGAACCUGAAUUGUAUUUCAUAAUUGUAUUGUAUUCUUGUUAUCUGUAAAGAACUAAUUAAAUUGUAAUGCAUUUGGCAGAAGUUUGAAAGACACUUAAAGAACAAUUAUAUCUGUUAUUGCUGAAAAA